AUGUCUCAUCACCGCAGAGACGACGACGACGGCUACAUGGGCUACAAUCCGCGAGUUCACUCGAAAGUGGCCGAAAAAGAGGGAUUCCAGCUCGGAAACAACACAGAAGACCCGAAAACUUUGUAAGAAAUUGUUAUUCUAACGUAAAAAGUUGAAAACAUAUGAAAAAAUCAUGUCUUUCAGGUGGAUCGGAAAUUUGGACCCCGCGAUUACCGACGACUUUUUGUCGACGCUUUUCAACCAAAUGGGCGCGGUGACUAGAACGAAAAUCAUCUUCGACGUUAGAAAAUUCCAGAAAAUUCACAAAAAUUAUGAUUCUUAGGGUCUAGCGGAUCCGUACGCGUUUAUCGAGUUCUCGGAUCACUACGAGGCCGCCCAAGCCCUUCAAGCAAUGAAUAAACGACUUUUAUUGGAAAGAGUGGGACAAAAUCUAUCAAAAUCUCCCUUAAAACCGCCAAAAGUUGCAGGAAAUGCGAGUGAAUUGGGCGCUGGAGCCGGGCCACUCGGACCGCUCGAAAUCCGACACCGCCCGUCACUUCCACGUGUUCGUCGGCGAUCUUUCGCCCGAGGUGGACAGUACGAAGCUCCGCGAGGCGUUCAUCCAGUUCGGCGACAUUUCCGAGGCGAAAGUGAUCCGCGACACGGCGACGAACAAGUCGAAAGGCUACGGAUUCGUGUCGUACCCGAAGCGGGAGGAGGCCGAACGAGCCAUCGAGCAGAUGAACGGACAGUGGCUGGGCAGGAGGACCAUUCGGACGAAUUGGGCGUCGCGGAAGCCGGGCGACGAUCGGCCCGAGCGGCAGUACCACCAGCACCACCACGAGAAGAGCUUCGAGGAGGUCUACGCGCUCACCACACCCGAUAACACCUCCGUUUACGUCGGAAACAUCAAGGAAAUCAAAGGUUUGCUUUUUAAAUUCGAUAUUCGCCUGGUUUCGGUCUGAAUUGUGCAAAAAUUUUCCGCGAGAAACGUUCCCUUUGCAGAAGAGGAGAUCCGCGAGGCGUUCGCCGUGUUCGGAGCGAUCAUCGAAGUGCGAAUGUUCAAUCAGCAAGGCUACGCGUUCGUCAAAUUCGAGGAGAAGACGUCGGCGGCGAAGGCGAUCGUUCAGAUGAACAACCAGGAGAUCAACGGGCAGGCGGUCCGCUGCAAAUGGGGAAAGAGCGGAGAGGUUCGGGCUUUUUUUGGACAAAACUUGCGAUUAAACCCAAGGUUUUAAGCAUUUGGUCAAAACAUUUGAAUCACCCGCCAUAUUUCGGUGGAGCAAUCUGGCUCUCAUAAUGUCUUUAAAGUAUUUCCAGAACGGUUCUUCGAAGCAGCCGGGCGGUGCAGGAAGCGGCGGCUUCCCGUUCUUCUCGGGCGGUCCAUCGUUCAACGUGCCGCCGCCGUCACUGGGACCGCCGCCCGGCUAUUCGGGAUACACUCCGGGCGGUCCGCCGCCGACCGCCAGGAUCAAUGGUCAGGCGCUACCCUACCCGCACCAGCAGCAGCAGAGUCUGAACAACCCGCAGGUGAUGCAGACGUGGUCGAACUACUGGGCGCAGCAGAGAAACGAGCAGACGGCCCCGUCGCCGCCGCAGAAUUUCAACGUUCCGCCGCCGAAUUUGCCGCCGAGAAUCCCUCCGAACAAUUGA